AUGUCAGUUAAGGGCAUUAUCCUGCUACGAUGCCUUCUAGAACUCUUUCAGUACCGGGGCGAGACAACUCGAUGGUUGGGGCGCGAACUUACUGACUGGAAGGUCCCUGGUUCGGACCCGAUAUCUACAUCUCCAUUUCUCCUGUCUAGGCUUGGGAAACAUGGUAGUGUCCCAGCCCUCGUGAUUCCUUCUGGUAGAAUAGCAGUUGGGCACCGAAAGGGUGCCACAGCUGAAGCGGCUCUUUCAGUACCGUUGCGUGAACUUACUGACCAGAAGGUUGAUUAUUCGAACCGAACUUCGUUAUCUCGACUGUUCCUGUAUGGGCAACCUGGCAGUUUUCCAGUCCUCAUGAUUCUUUCAGGUGGCAUAGCAGCUAGGCAUCGAAAAAGUGUUGAGGUUAAAUAA